UGCUCAGAGUAAAACGCAGUUCCCAACUCCCAGCUGCUCGCAGUCUUGCUUCGCGCCUCCGGCGAGUCAAGCUGACUCCUUUGGAAGUGUUUCAAUCUUUCUCCUUCUAUCUUCUCCCCUCAAGAAAGAUGUCCUAGUUCGGGAAGAAGAGCCUCUGCAGGCCAGAGAGUAUCUUGAGUGCCAGGGGCACCCUACCUGUUUGUCAGCUCAGAUGGGAGGUGCCAGCUGACUGACCAACCCUUACCUGAGAUGGAUGCCCGUGGCGUCCUCCACCUCAUUCUCCUUUGCCCAAUGACACUUGAGCAGAGCACAGCUUUACCAUGGUGAUCAUAUUCUCCAAAAGCCUGGAAAAGAAGAAGGGUGUCAAUGAUGUAAGGCCCAAGAGCAGCGAACGACGGCCGCGUGAGCGCCACACCAUGAGCAGAGGGACGACCCUCUUCUCUUGUGGAACUGCUGAGGCAGACAGAUGGCUAAAUCCAGUGCGAAGCUUCCAGUCAGGUACCAGUCUGGAAAGCCUGUGGGAUGCGAUGCCUGAGCCGGGCACUACCACAGCUAUCACCAACCUGAUCAGAGAUCUCAGCCUGGCUGAAGGCGCCUUGAACAAAACCAACCCCGUCGUCCCUGCCGCUUUGCACUACACCACUACCGCCACCGGCCAAGCUCCCACGGCGCCCCCCAGCAAGCGUCAGUGUCGCUCUUUGUCCUUGUCCGACGAAUUCGGCGGUUUUCGCUCAUCGUGGCGGCCUCAGGGAUCCCGAUUGUGGACUGCGGUGGAGAAGCGACGGUGCUACAGCGGGGGGAGUGUCCGCACUGGCGGAGGGUUCUCUAGCAGUCACUGCCCUGCCAUGCAGCGGAGCUCCAGCUUCAGUUUUCCUUCAUGCACCAGCAUCCCCACCGAUGGACCUUUGGAACUGCCCUUCUUCAACCAGAGACUGCCAGCCCACCCUCACUUUACAGCCUCUCCGGUGUCCCCCAGCUCUCCUUUCUUCCAAACUCCCCAGUCCUACCGCGGCCCCUUCCUGCGACCUCUCUCCCUCUCCCACGAGCAGAUCAGCCUGCCUGAACUCCAAACAGAAGAGGCUUCUGAGGCCAGCUCUCCAGACUCCACCCCAGAACUCGGGCGGCGGUCCGGCCAGAGGAACGACGGUAACGGCUGUCUGUCUCGGAGCAGGUCACAGCCCUGCGUGCUGAACGAUAAAAAGAUAGGGAUGAAGCGGCGGAGACCUGAGGACGCUCAUGAGCAGAGGCCUUCUCUGGACCUUGCCAAGAUGACUCAGCAACUCCAAACGUUCCAGAGCUUGAGUUGCCCAGGCUUCUCUUUCUUCGACAGCUGCCGAUCCGAUCCGCCCCCGUCGAGCCAACGGCAAUCGGAAUUCACCACCGUUUCCGAGCUGGGACUGGAUCACCGGCAGGAGGUGACCGGAGACGGCGAGGAUUCGUCAGAUGAGGAAGCAGACAGCGAUUCUGCUUGUAGCGUGGGGUCCAGAUCUGGCUCGCCACCGGGCGAAGUUACCCUCUGGAAGGGCGACCGUGGAGCGAGCAGGGACAUUUUCCAGCUUGGGGGAGAGCUUGACCUGGAGCAGAUUGAGCGGAAUUGAAGCAGAUCUUCAGGAUGUUGAUGAACAGAUGGGUUAAGGAACGUCUCAACUCAUUUGAAAGGGAAAGACGUUGGACUAACAUCGGGACUGUUUUGAACUUUAGUUGCUGUAUUUGCUCAGGAGAAUGAAAGUGAGGGUUUAGUAGUCUUAAGAAGAAAAAAAAAAAAAACUCAGACCCGCCAAGGUCUUCCCACCUGGUCCUACGUUAGCGCAGUUUAGCAUCGCUUUCCUUUAACUCAGUGGACGCAGGGACGAUUAUGUAAGUAUGCUACGACACAUACAACUUUGACUUUGUUGAAUGUAGGCUCAAUAAGCUUUAAGAUAUGGUCUGCGUUUACAUGGACAAACAUUUUUUUGAGAAGAACUAUGUGAGUGUAAAUCAGAUUCAUAGCGCAGACCAUGCUGAGAGAUAGUUAGAAAAGAAAAUUGUUUAAACUUGGCUGGUUCUUGAUGUCCAUGUAAACAUAGCCACCAUUGACUUCCUUCCUCCUCACCUCUUUUGUAGUUUCUUUAUAAGCAAAUUGUAUAUUUGAAUUAAAAUCCGAAAUGAUUAGUUGUGAUACCAAUGUUUAUUUUUCUAUUUUUUGUUUUUUAAUGGAGCUGUACGAAUGUGGAGCGAAAGUGUGAGGAGGGAGGUUCUUGGACAUGAAAAUAAAUCUCCAUUUGCCACA